AUGGCUGUGGUCAUCCGUUUGCAAGGUCUCCCAAUUGUGGCGGGGACCAUGGACAUUCGCCACUUCUUCUCUGGAUUGACCAUCCCUGAUGGGGGCGUGCAUAUUGUAGGGGGUGAACUGGGUGAGGCUUUCAUCGUUUUUGCCACUGAUGAAGAUGCAAGGCUUGGUAUGAUGCGCACAGGUGGUACAAUUAAAGGGUCAAAAGUAACACUGUUGUUGAGUAGUAAAACGGAAAUGCAGAAUAUGAUUGAACUGAGUCGUAGGCGUUUUGAAACUGCCAACUUAGAUAUACCACCAGCAAAUGCUAGUAGAUCAGGACCGCCACCUAGUUCAGGAAUGAGUGGCAGGGUAAACUUGCCUACGACCGUACCCAACUUUAAUAAUCCCUCACCCAGUGUAGUUACUGCCGCCACUUCUGUUCAUGAAAGCAACAAAAAUGUACAGACAUUCUCCACAGCCAGCAUAGGAACGGCUCCUCCAAAUAUGGGGGCUUCCUUUGGGAGCCCAACAUUUAGCUCAACCAUUCCGAGCACAGCCUCUCCAAUGAACACAGUCCCACCUCCACCAAUUCCGCCAAUCCCAGCGAUGCCAUCUUUGCCACCGAUGCCAUCCAUUCCCCCAAUACCAGUUCCUCCUCCGGUACCUACAUUGCCUCCUGUGCCUCCUGUGCCCCCAAUCCCCCCAGUCCCUUCUGUGCCACCUAUGACCCCACUGCCACCCAUAUCAGGCAUGCCACCCUUGAACCCGCCGCCUGUGGCGCCUCUACCUGCUGGAAUGAAUGGCUCUGGAGCACCUAUGAAUCUGAACAAUAACCUGAACCCUGUGUUUCUGGGUCCAUUGAAUCCUGUUAACCCUAUCCAGAUGAACUCUCAAAGCAGUGUGAAACCACUUCCCAUCAACCCUGAUGAUCUGUAUGUCAGUGUGCAUGGAAUGCCCUUUUCUGCAAUGGAAAAUGAUGUCAGAGAUUUUUUCCAUGGGCUCCGUGUUGAUGCAGUGCAUUUGUUGAAAGAUCAUGUAGGUCGAAAUAAUGGGAAUGGAUUGGUUAAGUUUCUCUCCCCUCAAGAUACAUUUGAAGCUUUGAAGCGAAACAGAAUGCUGAUGAUUCAACGCUAUGUGGAAGUUAGUCCUGCCACAGAGAGACAGUGGGUAGCUGCUGGAGGCCAUAUCACGUUUAAGCAAAGUAUAGGACCUUCUGGACAAACCCAUCCCCCUCCUCAGACACUUCCCAGGUCAAAAUCGCCCAGUGGGCAGAAAAGGUCAAGGUCAAGAUCACCACAUGAGGCUGGUUUUUGUGUUUACUUGAAAGGGCUACCAUUUGAAGCAGAAAACAAACAUGUCAUUGAUUUUUUUAAAAAGUUGGAUAUUGUGGAAGAUAGUAUUUAUAUUGCUUAUGGACCCAAUGGGAAAGCAACAGGUGAAGGCUUCGUAGAGUUCAGGAAUGAGUCUGACUAUAAGGCUGCUCUGUGUCGUCAUAAACAAUACAUGGGCAAUCGCUUUAUUCAAGUUCAUCCAAUUACCAAGAAAGGUAUGCUAGAAAAGAUAGAUAUGAUUCGAAAAAGACUGCAGAACUUCAGCUAUGACCAGAGGGAAAUGAUGUUAAAUCCGGAGGGGGACGUCACCUCUGCCAAAGUCUGUGCCCAUAUAACAAAUAUUCCCUUCAGCAUUACCAAGAUGGAUGUGCUCCAGUUCCUAGAAGGAAUCCCAGUGGAUGAAAACGCUGUACAUGUUCUUGUUGAUAACAAUGGGCAAGGUCUAGGACAGGCAUUGGUUCAGUUUAAAAAUGAAGAUGAUGCACGUAAGUCUGAACGCUUACACCGUAAAAAACUUAAUGGGAGAGAAGCUUUUGUUCAUGUAGUUACUCUAGAAGAUAUGAGAGAGAUUGAGAAAAAUCCCCCUGCCCAAGGAAAAAAGGGGUUAAAGAUGCCUGUGCCAGGUAAUCCUGCAGUUCCAGGAAUUCCCAGUGUGGGAAUGCCCAGUGCGGGAGUGCCCAAUGCAGGAAUGCCCAGUGCAGGACUGCCCAGUGCGGGAAUGCCCAAUGCGGGAAUGCCUGCUGCAGGAAUGCCUGCUGCAGGAAUACCUGCUGCGGGAAUGCCUGGUGCUGGAAUGCCCGGUGUGGGAAUACCCGGUGCAGGAGGUGAAGAGCAUGCCUUCUUGACAGUAGGAUCUAAGGAGGCCAACAAUGGGCCUCCAUUUAACUUUCCUGGUAAUUUUGGUGGGUCAAAUGCCUUUGGACCACCACUCCCUCCUCCAGGAUUAGGAGGGGCCUUUGGUGAUGGUAGGCCUGGAAUGCCUUCAGUUGGAAAUAGUGGUUUGCCUGGUCUAGGACUGGAUGUACCAGGUUUUGGAGGUGGACCAAAUAAUUUAAGUGGACCAGGAUUUGGAGGGGGCCCUCAGAAUUUUGGAAAUGGCCCUGGUAGCUUAGGUGGCCCCCCUGGCUUUGGAAGUGGCCCUCCUGGCCUUGGAAAUGCCCCUGGGCAUUUGAGUGGGCCUCCAGCAUUUGGUCCUGGCCCUGGCCCUGGCCCUGGCCCAAUCCACAUUGGUGGUCCUCCUGGCUUUGGAUCUAGUUCUGGAAAACCAGGACCAACAAUAAUUAAAGUACAGAACAUGCCCUUCACUGUGUCUAUUGAUGAGAUUUUAGAUUUCUUUUAUGGCUAUCAAGUGAUCCCAGGUUCAGUGUGUUUAAAAUACAAUGAAAAAGGUAUGCCCACAGGCGAAGCUAUGGUGGCUUUUGAAUCUCGGGAUGAAGCCACAGCUGCUGUCAUUGACUUAAAUGACAGACCUAUUGGCUCUAGGAAAGUAAAACUUGUAUUAGGGUAGCUGUUCACAUCAGUUCUUCAUAGGGUAGAUAUAGUCUUCAUAGUGCUGUGAUUAAUGCAUUCAGAUUGUUUUCCUAGUGUUUCCAGGUUAGAACCUGUGGAUUGUUUCAAUUGCAUAUAGAUUGGUUUCCAUAACAUAGAGCAUUGGUUGACUGUUUACAGAAGACUCACUACCAGGAUAAACAUUGCUGUGUGUUACAGUAAAGCUGUCCGGAGAGAACACAAAAAUGAUCUUGGCAUACCAUUAGAGAAACCAUUUGUAAAACACAAAUGACCACAUAAAGCUUAUCAAGGAGUCUAGAUUGGUUUUGUUUUAUACCAUAUGGGAUGAAGAAAAUAGAAAUGUCACUAGAGCUCAUUAAGGGUGCUCUUGCCAGCUGCUGAAAAAUAGAAGCUGGCUACUCUUGAAAUUUGGUUUAAAGCUGGACAGAUUUGCUUUGUUAUAGGGUCAAAGCUUUGUCUAAAGUCCUCAUUUUCUUUUAAAACUGAAUAAAAUCUCU